AUGGGCAAAAAGGGCAUCGCUGGCGACACAGAUCAAGCGCCUAAGAGACAGAAGGUUGGAGCCUCUGCUGCGCAGGAGCGCGCCUCGGCUGCGGCUUCACGCAGUGGUGGUGUCAGAGUGUGUUUGAUUUGCAAGGCCAACGAGAAGGAUUCGACGUUCCCGACCAAAUCUGAUGCGUCAGAGUCUGCGUGCCUUCGGUGCUACACCAUCUGGCUCCCAGCCAAGCGCUUCAUCACCUUUGCCGAGUACGCUGCCAUGUACGCCUCGGACGCGGAGCACAAGCAAAACGUCGACCUCGCCAUCAAGAAUUACCCAGACACUCAGGCGUGCGCAGCUGCCAUGACGCCAAUGGAAGUGUCGGAUUCCAGCUCUGUUGUCAUCGAGAUUUACCGCGAUGGCGUGUGGAUCCCCAGCAACAGGAUCAGGAAGGAGACCUGCAACAGCACCGCGAAGCAACUGAAGAUCGGCGAGCCCAUCGAGUUGACGGCCCUUGACGGCACGGAGCAUUCUGGCUAUAUCUUUUCCGACGGGCGGUCCGAGAUGCGCGCGAAGGUGUCCAUUCAAGCCAGGGUUGACAGCAGGCGGGUGACCAUGCCGCUGACGGAGCAGCUCGUCCAAGGCUUGGCGAACUCAGCUAUCGCCCACGCCCGUAAGUACGACACGAUCGGCGUUCACAGCGACGCCAUCUGCGACUUCUUGGAGAACAUGCUAGUGCAGAUCUUCUUUGACGGCACCAAGAAGGCAGACAUGACUGUGUUUCUCGAUGUCACCCAGGCCAAAUCCGACGCCGAUGUUGACGACGAGCACGACGUGCCUGAUUCUGCAUCCGUGGCCAGUGGGUCAGCCGCGACUACUACUGCCGACACCGCUCGUGGCAUUGUUGGCAAGUCUGGGGCUACCAGGGCAUCCAAGAACCCCACCUACUGGAUCAAGAAGCUCACUUUCGAGAACGCGCUGGGCGGCACCACGGACAGGCGAGAUAUGCACCAUGCUGCGGAGUGCGCUAAUAGGUACGAGUUGAAGUUCAGGGAUGAUACGACGACCGACGCGUUGAGGAAGCACAUGAAGCGAGUGACGAUCUUCAAUAAGCUCAGCCCGAAGGAGGUGCCACAGACGAGCUGGCCAACAAUUCGGGAUGCAUUUUCGGACCUCAUCUUGGUCGACGUCAGUCCUCCUGGAAAGGUUUUCCUGGCUCUCGUGGAGAAGAGGGCCGUCGAGCUUUCUCAAGCGGCGACUUCGAGCAUGUGCAUCCGUGAGUCUGACAUGAAGGAUCUCGUGUCUUGCGUUACCCCUUGGCCACUCAAGGGCGAUCAGCAUGCGCCCAGUGAGGCAUCUGGCCUGGCUAUUUUCGACGUCCUGCAUCCGAAGGUCCACCCGAUGGCGCCAAUCCUUCCUGGAAGCCUGCAGGCUGGGGUUCUGAAGGAGUAUCUCAUCAAAAAGUUCUUGUGUCACAUCAUCACGACUACGACGGAGGCAAACGUCAACAGCACCAUGGCGGCCUUCGCGAAGUUGAUGGAGUUCUUGGACUUGCCAGAUGAUGCGGAGAUCUCCAACGAGGUCAUGGGAGUUUGCGAUUCGAUCUACGUUUCGGUUCGAGGAUUCGGUGCCAUCGUGAACAUCCAGGUUGGUGUCGAUACGAAGUUCGAGUACGUGAAGGACGCGAUGGCGUUGCACAAGGCCGCUGAGAAGACAGUUGUACAAUCGGUGCUGCACGAUGUUGGGACCACUCUGAACAGGAACCCGUUCCUGAGCGAGAAGAUGGACAUGCUGGCAAAGAACUUCGAUGAGUGCAUGACUCGCGGGCCUCAGCUGCAAAUGCACAUGAAGGCGCUCUCCGAUCUGAGCGAGCAGACCACCUGCGACGCGAUCAUCACGUGUGUGAAUGGAGCGCUCGGCUGGAACAACCAGUACUCGGCGGUGCUUCCCGAGUUCGUGUGCGGUGGCUUGGACGAGCUGAUCCACCGAAAGACGAAGCUUCUCUACGACCUGCUCGUCAGGACAUCGAAGGGUGCCAAGGACGACGACAAUUUCUCCGAUUUCCUUACCUCGGCGCAGACGCUCUACCAGAACUGCUGGAGGACGUACCCCGAGACGCCAGAGUACGACGCGUACAUCGAUGAUGGCUGGUUGGAUCUCACGGCUGCAGUUUCGGAGAAGGUCCGCAAAAUCAGCGAGGACGUCAUGCAGUCGUUGCCGUUGCUGGAUGAAUUGGCUGCCAUCCUGCGUCAGAAGGCGGGAUUGCUUGAUGGUGGCGAGUUCGAUGGGACGGAUCACAUGAUUGAGACGGUGACCACAAUAUUCCAUGAGUUUGGGAAGCGCUCGUUGAUCGACGCAUACCGCAUGCUCGGGCUCUGCGAGCGCGCCGCUGAGGUCACUCGCGCGAUCUCGACAGUCAAGGGUGGUGGCGACAGAGCUCAGGUGCUGGCGAAGCUUUCAUCAUCUCUCACGUUCACCGUCGACCUGAUGAAGCAGGUGAGGCCCAACCCCGACAACGAGUCGCACCUCGUGGCAUCCGAAGCCCUGGAGUUGAACACAGCCCUCCGCUUGUCUCGUAACGCCAGGGGCCUGCAGGGGUCGCUGAAGGCGUUGGCAUCGAUCAGUGCGGAGUCGGCCGAGUGGUGUGAUAAGUUCGCGGGGCUUGCAUGCCGCGUGUUGGUUGACGCGGGGAGCUCGUACUUCUCUGCGCUCAAAGAUAGCGCGGCGACGUUGAUCGCCAACCUUGGGUCCUGUGCCGCAGCAAAGAUGGACGAAACAGAAGAGUCGUGGAUUCAGAGUUUGCCACCCCAGGCUGACGGAUGGAACGCUUUCGUGACCUCGUGCCAGAAGUCCUUGAUGAAGUGCGACGUCGCAGAGACCACGAGGUUGCUUCGGGCGGCCGAGAUCGAGCUGGAGAAGCACGCCGAGGGCGUCAACGUCUUCGGCAGUGACUCCGAGGACCCGAAGUGGAACGCGAUGGCGAGUUCGAUCGAGGCGGCUCGCAUCACUCUAUCCGCCCAGAGACUCAUGGAGGCCUACUUGUCGCAGGAGACGGACAAGCCCGUACUGCGUUCCAUCACGAAGAAUGAGAUCAACGCCCACGCCAAGUGGGGCAUCGAGAAGAACAGCUUGCCAGAGAUGCUGGUGAAGAGGAUGCAGGCUGCGAUGAAGUUGCAGACCAUGGGCUGA